GUUUCGCGCCUUCUCUGAUUUGGAGAUCGACCCUCCUGCCCCACAUAUCUUGGCGCCGGCACCCGUCAACCCGAACGCGAUCACAAUGCCAGCCAUGUACGAGCACUACAUGCAGUGGGGUCGUAACUCCUUUCCAGACUUCGCUCCGGAGACCUGCAAACUCAUCUCCAUUGCCAACUACAUCUGUGACAUGGAUGCCGCAAACUAUUGCAUGUCUAACAAACAGAAGCUUAUGUUGGCUAUGUUGAUUGAUGGCCAUAACUGGAGGGCUCAUUGUCGACAAGCUUUUCGGUACGAGGACGGUGCUUGGGUUCGCUGUGAGAACUUGUCCAUCGAUGCAUGGGAUUUGCUGAUGGCCUUGGAGGGCUUGUUUGUUCAAGUCUCUCUGGACUUGGCGGCGGCAGAGCGAGAGUCCCAAUGGAGUUGGGAAGCCGCCGGCGCCGACGUGCUCAAUGUGAUUCGACAUCUUCUUCAACAGUCCGUGGAUGUGAUUAAAGAGCUAUGUGGCGUCGCCAAGGCUAACAGUGAUCAUCUUCGCAAAGCUACAGGAAACAAGGCGUGGCAUGCGAAAUGGUCUCGCCGUGUCGCCGAUAUGCUCGCUCAAUAUCGGAAGACAUGGGAAAGCGAAAUCUCCUCAAAGCCUCUAACAAAGUUGUUUCUCUUGGAGUGGGAUACACCUAUGCCUAGAUCGACAGGCGUCUGUUUCACGGACGUGUACCUCGACGAGAAUUGGGAUGUGGCUCCGAAAUCACGUGAUCGGAAUUGCUACUUGAAACUGAACUACCGCUACCUGUAUGAACAUGUGAUCGCACAGAACCCCAACAUUGAUGUCAGCAACUUCCGUAUCAGGCUUCGUCUCUUCCUCGAGUCUCUGUAUUACAAGAACGAACAUGGGUUCCAAAUCAAGUUGUGCUUCCUCCACGCAGCCUUCAAGCGAGUAUGCACUUCCAAAAUGAUCUUCCAGAUCGGCAAAGGUGGCGAUGGUAAAGGAAUGGAGGCAAUAUUGGAUCGCACCUUGUUCGGGGACCUUGCUUCCUCCACAUUGGAUUGUGGGGUCUUCUUGGACCGAUCGGAAUUCCGCAAAUCUGCGGAGUUGGCAUGGAACAUGGCCAAUGUUCGCAUCCAAGAGAUGGAUCAUAAGUCUUCCUUCCAUGCCGACCUAUGGAAGCGAUUCGUAGUUGACGAAGACAUCGACUGUCGGGUCAACUACGGCUUCACCACUAAGCGCAAAUUUGGUGAGAGCUUGAAGGUGCAGGAGUUAAACUAUGACAACAUACCCACAAUUGAGGAAGCUCGCGAUCGCAACAAAUGCUGCCAGCAACUGGAGAGACGCAUCGUGUGUCUUCGCAUGGGGAAGGGGAAACUCGUCAGUGAUGUCAAUGAGGUGGACACAGACAACGGCGUCUUCCUGUUGAUUCCACAGGACGAACUAUCUGCUUUCCUAUCACAUGAGAUAACGGCCGCCCUGUUCCUACGGGAAUACUGCAUUCCGUUCUUCCAGGAAACGUCGUUAGCAGAGUCUUUGAGAAUGAUCAACGACCUCGCCGGUGUUCAUGCCGAUCUUGUUCGUGAUACCAAGUGGCUAGCUUCACGCCUUGCGGGCGGCAAUGCUCCGCCUCCUGGAGACGAGACGGAUGAUGUGAAUGAGUUCAAUAGACUAGUCAUUGCUGCUCAUUCGCAGACGCCCUGGAAGCGAGUCUUGAAGGAGUACCUCAUCCACAAGAUUGAGGCCUUGCCAGGAGCCAUAUACUCGUCGAAAGGAAAGCGGACUAAACUUUCUCAUCUUAUCGAGGCCGUGGACAACGCUGACGUGAUCCUCCUGAAGCAAGUGGAUCAUGGUUGUUUCCAUAAGCUCCUUCUGGAUUGGACAAAACUACAGUUGGCCAUGGACAAUCACGGCGGCAUCGACAAGUACGGGUCCUGGACGGAAUGGGGCGAUCCCUUUGACUUGCUGCACACGCAGGAGAAGUGGACAGGGGCAGCCUUCCAUCAUGACGCACAAAUUAUCCGACAAAACAAAACCAUCGUCGAAGAUCUCAGUGCGCUCGGGCGUAAUAGUGAACUCCGCUUGCAGGAGAAAGUGAAUUUGACUGCGCUCAUCGCCGACGCGCAAGCUGGCAAUGAUCGUCGUCCAGAUCUCCUGGAAGCCUACAUUGCUCGGCAUCGUCGAGACGGAUUGGUUAAUGGAGACUUCUCCAGCAUUGACAUCGCCUACUACAGACGACCUCAUUAUGGACGUUUGUUGUCGCGAGGACCUUCUGGUCAAAAGCUCACGCGUGAAGCAAGGUUCAUUGCCUUCGGCUCUCACUGCGCCGAAGUCGACGCUCCUUCGUGCCAUCCUCGUCUAUUAGUUUCGAAGCUGCGCGAAUCUGAACUUUGGGAUGAGGACAAGUUCCCCAUGCUGAACAAGGUCGUGCAGUUCUACAAACAGUGGAGAGAAUCUCUGGCACAGUAUUCGGAGUGUACCGUUGAGGAAGCGAAGGUAGAGCUUAUUCGCAUUUUCUACGGUGGCCGGCCUUCCGUUGAAAUCCCAUAUUUGCACAAGCUUUGUGACGAGGUACAGCGUGCCGCUAUGCUGUUACUGAGGAUGCCGACUGCCAGAGUAUUCGCUGAUCUUUAUGAAGAUCGUCCUAAUCCAGAGUUCAGUCGGCUCUCAGCUCUCCUGUCUUUUGAGGAGGCGAAGCUCAUGCACAUCAUGUCAGAGCACAUGGGAGACUCUGUGCAAAUGCUGCUCUUCGAUGGGUGCUAUGUUGAAUGCGACAGUCUUGCUGCAGAGUUGGAUGUCGUCGAAGCGUGUCGGGCAUGUGAAGAGAGUGUGAUUCCCAUGGCCAUCAAGUCGUGGCCUUCCGGCACGGAGCUGUCAAGCAUAGCAAGGCUGUUGAUUCGCAAGGAUCUUGGACUUUGGAGUAUCUGCCAGGCUAGCUUGCAAGGGCCAACCUCGUCUUGCUUGCACUACGUGAUUGCUGUGCUCCAGCCUGACUGCGACACUGACCUCUUGGAGGUUACGGAAGAUGAAGGUGAUAUCUCCGCUAGGGAAUUUAACGAGCACAUGAGGCACAGUUCGCAGCGCGCUCCGCAAGACGCAUACCGCAUGAUCUACAUGGAGGAAGUGGAUCUGAGCGAGGUGAAUACCCUCAACGGUAGCCUCAUUGUCCAUCAAGCAGCUCCAGGUGGUGGACAUUGGAGCGGCAUCCGAUUCCUUGGCGACUCGACAGUAUGUGUCGUGGAUUCUGAGUCUAGCGGGCGUCAUUUGCACACCACCUUCCAGAUCCUGUCUCAGAUUGUGUCCUCCAUGGACCUUGCAAACGACCUGCGUCGCAAGCCUCAUGUACACUGUCCAGAUAGACUGGUGCUAUCCUCACCCCUGCAGACGUGCUUGGAGUGUGGUGCCUCUAUUCGGAAAGAGCGUGUUAUCGAAGCACGCUUAUACGCACUCGACGGGGUACAUCAUGUGGAACAUUUGACAAAGAAAUGCUCCAAUCGCAAUUGUGCAACAUUGCAUCACUACAAUUACCGUUGGGUGGACGGCAACAAGAUCAACAGCUCUCAUGCAAGUGAUCUGGAAUUUGUUUUCGUGAAUCCCAAGACGGUCUUCACUCGAUCUUUCCUGGAUUAUCAUGGCAUGCUGCAGUUUCGUGGGCAUAUCAGUGUCCAUGCUAUCAACUUUGCGCAGAAGGAAGUCAUGUGGAAAGACGAAAAUGAGCAUGCUCGAUGGCGGCUAGAAUACUCUACCGCACAGUUGUAUCUCAAUGUCCUACAGGUUGGCGAGCUCAUGUGGUGCGACUUGUCGGACCAGGACACCGACAAGAAACUCCUGUCGAUCUGUUUGGAGAAGCCGCUUGCUGACAACUUCGUGCAGGAAUAUCACAAGUGGUUCCAAUCCAAUGAGAUUACUGUUAAGGAGAGUAAGUCUAUGUACGAGCUCGUGAUCGAUGGCCAUGAAAAGGUUUCAUCCAGGUGUUCUACUAUUACUCCUGCCCAUGGCGGACGGCCACGGAAGGACGGCACAGUCAAAAAGCGCACAAAUGGGUGGUUUAUGGCUAUUCAUCCAGAGUCCGGCCUCAUCGUUGGUGUGCAGGAGAUGAUCCACCCUGAGAACAAUGACCUGGCAGUUAGGAUGCUUGAAGAUGCGGCUGAAACUCUUCCGGUCUUGGAUUGUAUCAUCUAUGACCGCAUGUGCUGCGCUUUGCAAGCAGUGCGAAGGUCGGACAUGCUCCGGGACAUUAAGUAUUUCUGCGUCGAUAAGUUCCACGCACAUGGUCAUGGUACAACUUGUCCGUGCUCGCCCUUGGUGCACAAAAAGCUAGACAAGAGAUUGAGAGAGGUGAAUACCUCUGUGGCUGAGCAAACCUUCGCUUGGUUUCGCAACUACGCCAGAACAUUCAAUACCAUGUCCCCGCAGACGCAUUUCUUCUAUGUUCUCUUCUACGUGCAGAAGCAUAACGAGUUGAUCCGCAAGCACAGUGUGAGUCACCUCAGCCCAUUCAGUUCAGGCCGUAAGCGCCGCCGUUCUCAGCCGUACAGUUGCAGCAAAUCAUUCGCCUCGAAAGUGUUCCGUCGUCCAACUGCAAAGGUUUGCUUGCGGAGGCCAUCAGCCUGCAUGGCGAAGCGUCCAGCGUCCUCGAAGUAG